CAGCAGCAGCAGUCGGUCUUCCCCCCCCCAUUCGUGUCACUUCGCAACAGCUCAAGCCAUUUUGCCGCUCACCCCCCUGCAGCGCCACCGACUGUCCUAGGGCUGCCGCCUCGACUCCCUCUCUUGCAUUGCGACGCAAGGAAUCCGCCAGUCUACCUACCCGCAACAAAAGUCAUGGCGAAUGUUGAGGAUGGGAGGAAUGCCGCCGCUGCUGACACGGGCGACCAGAUCUGGGGCGGACGACAGAACUCGGGCAAGCUGACGAGGAAGCGCGUGAUGGCGGGAGGCGCCCUCUUGGGCACCGCGGCGCUGGCGGUCGGGCUGUACGUGGGUCUCAAGGACGAUUCCACCACCGACCGAACGCUCAUCACGGGCCAGGCCGACCCCAACUCCCUGGGGUGCUUCGCGGACACCAGCGACGGAAGAGUAAUGGAGGCACAGCUCACGGACCAAGCGAUGACCCCCGAUAUGUGCAACACGUACUGCGAAGAGCUGGGAUACUACUACUACGCCGUUCAGUGGGGCGUUGAGUGCUGGUGUGCUCCUGAGACCACCACCGCUGACGAGCUCGCGGUCCACGGCCUCGGGACUUGCGACUACGCUUGCGGGGGUGACAGUGACCAGAUCUGCGGAGGGUUCUGGGCCUUCACUGUCUACGAAGUCGGAACGGAGUCCACGACCCUUACCCCGUCGACGACCACGUCUUGCGACUCUGCCGCAUUGGUCCGCUUCACCGACGAAAUCGCUUACUUCGAGGGCGGCGGGUGCGGCACCCUUACCCAAAUGUACGAAUCACAGGAGGGUGACGGCCCACUGUACGUCCUCGACGAGAACAACGACGUGGUGGGCGGAACCCCCACAGGGUACUGGCUGCUCGACCGUAACCUUCGGGUGGUGGAAGGAUCGACGCUCCUUGUACACGGCACUGCCGCGGGCGGCGAUGCGGACGUCCUUCGGCUCAAGUCGACCUCCGAAUCUUGGAUCGAGGUCCGCGGGUACGGAGGCAACCUGCACUUCGAGUCGACAACGGUAACGUCGUGGGACACGGACAACGGCCAGGAGAGGGAGUGGGACGGCGACGGACGGUCCUUCAUCAACUGCGUGACCCAGUUCGACGACAGCGCCAUCUGGGACUGUGAAGGGAGGUCCAACCAGGAGUGGGGAGAGUGCAGGAUGGACAUCAUCGACUCCACGAUGGGUAACUUGGGAUAUUUCGAUGCCGAGUCGUACGGCCUCACGUGGAAGGUUCGCGGCGCCUGUGAUAUCGACCCCGACACCGGGGUGCCCUACAACCACGAGAUCUUCGAGGACCACAACGUUUACGGCGACAUCCUCAACUCGGAGAUCUACGGCAUGUAUUACGGACACUACUCGUACGGCCACCAGGGAGGCGUCUGGGACGGCAACAUCAUGAGGGACAACAUCCAGUACGGAUUCGACCCCCACGACGACUCGGACGACCUGACCAUCUCCAACAACGUCGUCUACGGCAACGGCAACCACGGUGUGCGCCUCAUUUUUCUAUGUUUCUUGCCCCCGUUGGGUAUCAUCGCCUCCAAGCGCUGCAACAACGUCAAGAUCUUCGGCAACGAGGUCUACGAUGGUGGAGAAGACGCUGUUGGUAUCUUCCUUCACCGCAGCUCCGACGGCGCCGAAGUUUACGACAACGUUGUCUACAACAUGCAGGACGCGGGGAUGGCGAUCAUGGAGUCCUACGACGCCAACAUCUACGAUAACUCGUUCACCGACUGUCGGUACGGCAUCCGGCUGUCUCUCGGCAGCGGGCGUAACACCAUCUCGGACAACUUGUUUUCCGGCAUCACGCAAUACGGCCUCUACACGUACAUGGGCAGCGACGAACCGGAUGUUCCCAACAGCAACGGUCGCCCUUCCAACAACAUCUUCGACGGGAACACGAUCGAGACGGACGGCGAUAACAUCGGUGUCCACAUCAAGGAGGGCGACUCGAACGUUUUCACGGACAACGUGUUCACGGGCGUCAGCACCUACGAGUUCGAAGACUCUUCGGACACCACCUGGGUUGACAACACGGGCGGCGGGUGCCUCGACGGUAGCACCGACUUCGCUGAGGGGGGUAUUGCCGAGUGUUGAGUAAACAACGCACAAGAGGGAUACUUGUGGAUCUAGAGGAUAUGGUGCCCGGGGUUUUGCGCUUCGAAGGCAACCCCACGUUUUGCCGCGCCCGCCUACUUCGUAGUUGUGUUCCAGCGUCUCGUCGAUUGUGGCUGCUUGGUAUAUUUCCCAUUGGAUUGUCAAGGAACGUCCGGGAAAAACAAACGAGCACCCGACUGUGGCGCGUGGCCGUGAGGGACUUUUAGGUAAUUGUGUCGUGUUGAUGUGCGCGCCGAGUGUUUGCACUCGGCUUGUGGAGUGUCUAUUCGAGACGCGGGUUUGAGUGGCAAGCGGCUUUGGGGUGGGAAGCGUGUUACACGGAGGUUCUUGUUCGUAAACCCGGCAUUCGUCGGUCUUUCGUGUACAGCAUUCGAUCGGGCUAAGAAAACAAUUAAGACGUUUGGUAGGGAGACGAUCUUGUACCGCCCUUCUAGAUCGCGAAAGAUGAACAUAUGGUUAUUCCGUGCAUGCUGGUGUAUUGUUCUUGAUUCGUCGGGUGUCUCGGUUGGUUGGUUGUUACAGUGCAUUUUUCCCUAUUAUAAUGUACCUCUUGCCUAUUUUUCGGUCUUGUCUUGGUGUUUUUGUUAUAUUUUGGAUGGUACGCUCCGCAGAAGAGGUCAACCACGAGCUUCGCCCGCCUCUUUUUUUGUGUUCGGAGGGCUGACUCAACUCUACCCCCAAAAGUAAAAUAAAGAUUGGUUCGUGUGCUUUGGCUUGACUUGGUUGGAACUUCUGGCCUCGGCUCUGCAGUAGAAGCGUCCUCCCCCCCUUGCCACCUUAUUGGUUGUAUGCCGUACAUGCGCAUUUGCCGCCGCAUACCGGUAGUACGAGUUCGUAAAAAUAGUGGCUGUCUGCACGUGUGCCCUUUGCCGGCGAUUUGUGUCUGUCCUCUUACGAGUUUCUUGAGCCGAAGAGGAGAAAACUGUCGCGCAAGGAUGUUGAUGAUCUUCGCCCGCUGCGAUUGAUCUCAUCUAGGGUGCUUGGUUGUCUGGUCGCUGGACAGACGCCGCUGGGUUCGACUGGUUGUUGUAAAAGUAGCAGCAGGUAGUUGAGGGCCUUCUGCCGGUGGAAACCCUUUGUUUGCGCGAUACACGCCAUUCCGUGGGGAUGGGAAUGGGAAUGCUGUGUGUCCUUUUCUUUCAGGGGCGUAAUAAUGCACAAAAGGUUCCUGAAGUUGUUUUUUGUAGGGGCUCGUACCGGAUGCGCUGUUGGGUUGUGCGGGGCGACUGUUCGAUGUUGGGUCGGUCAGGAGGUUAAUGUGUCCGCCACAGGAUGUCUACGGUACCACAUACAAGGCGCAUGUGUUUUACUUGCUCUCCCUUUUUUUUCCUUCGCGUGUUUUGAAUAUUUUCACGGCGGUUACGGGACUUUCGCUUUUCAGAUGGGAAAUGUAAAAUUGUAAAGCUUACGGUUGGUUGCACGCGCGCCCACGCGAGCAAGGGGCUGAAAGUUGUUCACCGGAAUAUCCUGAUCAAGAAUGUAUUGACAUCAUGUUGUGUGCAUCUCACAAUCGCAUUUGCUGGUCGUGCCAUGCACAUGAGAACAUCUGCCACGCAUCAGCCGUCAACUCGGGCAAUUUUCACACCGUUCUCCGCACGGAAGUGAAGGCAGCAUCGCUGUUGGCGCCCUUCCUAGGGGUUCAUCCGUGAAGACGGCAGCAAGCAGUAGUAGUACCGGCGUGUGCGGCAGUGAACGGGGGGGCUGUAUUCCCUCGAAUAUUCCCACGAGGCGUGUGAUUGAAGCUGUUUUCCAUUGCGUCAUAAUAUCAAUCCCGUUAUUUUUGCGUCCGACAUCCCCAGGUCUUCGCGAAUAUAGUGCACAUA